UAGCAGCAGCUCUUGGAUGUAAAUUAUACAUUCCUAAACCACUAAUACAGUAGACUUAAUUCCAUAGGCAUUAGAGCACACACUGCUCACCACUGAUUUCAGGAGUCUUCAACAACAAGAAUCAGUUCUUCAAGGUCUAAAAACCAUGGCGAAUUUCCACGUACCCCCUUAUGCACCCCCUGCAGCCAUGUUCAAUACAGUCUCUGGAUAUGCAGGAACAGUGGCUGGCGGAGGCGCAAUGGCAGCCCCCCCUGCGGCAAGCUUCCACACACCCCUUUAUGCACCCCCUGCAGCCAUGUUCAAUAUCGUCCCUGGAUAUGAAGGAACAGUGGCUGGCGGAGGUGGUGCUUAUAUUCCACCUCCCCCUCCAUCUGUACCGAUGCCUGUACCUGAACAGGCCCCCAACACACCAGACUGGCAUAUACCCUCCAUCUCAGAGGACAGGGCACGUGAAGCUUUCGCAACGUACGUCUCCAGCAAGUGCUGCUAUAGUUCUGACCCUGUCAGCGAGGGAGUCAUAACCAAUAUGGAGUCCUUUAAUACCUACAGGUAUCGUUUGGAGACAUUCAUUGAGUUCAGAUCUACUGAAUGGAGUCAGGAGCCUUACACAGGUCAGCCUGUGGAUGCUGGUGUUCAACCUGCUCCAGGUCCGUGGCAGAUUGCAGCUCAACCUCCAGCCUUCUUUCAAGAGCACAAGCAGACCAUUAAAGUGCCCUAUACUUCCUCAGUCAAGAACUGUGACUUGUGUCAGGGAAAGGGAAGAAACCCCUGUACCAAAUGUGCUGGAUCUGGAAAAAGGGACUGUACGCUGUGUAAUGGUUCUGGUUACCGUGAAUCUGAUAAACGCUGUGUGAACUGCAGCGGGAGCGGACGUAAAAACUGUAGUCCAUGUAGCGGCAGAGGCUCUUGCCAGUGUGACACCUGCCGUGGAAAGGGAAAGCUGCUCAUCUUCAUUAACCUCAAUGUUAAAUGGAGCAUAGAGAAGGAUGAAUUCGUAGCACAAGAUUCAAGCGGACUGAAAGUGGAAAAACUGGAGGAGGUUUCAGGGAAGGAGCUCUAUAAAGAUGCCCAGUAUAUGGUCUAUCCAGUGAGGGGCUUUCCUGAUGCUUCUGUUGCGCAAGCUUCUGAGCGCUUAGUAAGAGACCAUCAGGGGAAAUAUGCCCAAACAUCCCGCAUAUUACAACAGAGGCAGACAAUCGAGCUCAUUCCCGUAACCAAAGUAAACUACAUGUGGAAAGGAAACCCUUAUGUUUACUAUGUGUAUGGAAAUGAGUUUAAAGUGAAAGCUGUUGACUAUCCCGACCAAUGCUGCUGUUCUGUGAUGUAACAUCAAAUACACCUGAGCUGACCAGUAUAAGUACAAUAUAAAUACUGUACAUCCAUUAAGAUGAACUAAUGUAAUGUGUCUUUUGCCUGUAUAUCACAGAAUCAUCCCAGAAUCAUCUGUAGCUGACAGACACAAAGGUCAACCUGCCUGAAUGGGGCAUUUUUUUUACGCAGCUUAACUUCCAACCAUGUACAUGUAUGUAACAUUCAAUAUGACCAAAUGUGAAUAACUUCACCUCUUAUAGAUAAAUGCAUUUUUCAGAAGACCUAACUAUUGAAGAAUAAGUAUAUUCUGAAGUAAAUCUAUAAACAAAAACAAUGUAUUGAUGAAUUGUAUUUCUUGAUCAAGAAAGAGUCCAAAUAAACUGAGUUUUGAGGAAGGGCCUUUUUUUGUAUUUUCUUUUCAUUUUCUGUAUUAUUUGAUUUGUUUUGAGAAAGGACAGAUACUGUGUCUCAACUGAUACGUGUUAAAGUAUCACUUAAAUUAAGUGCAUUUUCAAUCUAGUUUUGGAAACAUUUGUGCAGCGAUUGUUUUUAUGUGGUACUGUUUAAUGGAAAAUAUUGUGUUUAAAAAAAGUAGGUCAGUGGUGAGUGGUUAUGUGGUCACAAACACCUCCUUGUGAGUCUAUUGUCAACUAAAUUUCCAUAUAAAAUGACCACAAACCAAUGUACUGAGCUGUGUGCCAUGGUCUCUAAACAUGUCAAAAAGAAAGCUGUGGUCGUGGUUUCAUAGCUGAGCUCCUCACGAAUGUGGUCUUGAAUGUCAGAU